UCUGGGUGUCUGACAUGAUCAGAAAGCAUUUAGAUGGCAACCGUGGAAGCGGAGCUCAGGCUAAGCUCGAUGGGGGUGCGACUGCUGCUCGGUGCUGCUCACUGCUGUCCGUCCGCUCCUCCGCAGGGGCCGAAGACCCCGCAUUCCCUCUUGGGAGUGCUGCUUUUGCUCUCUGUUUCCGUGGCGAUGAUCAUGCCUCCCACCGGCCUUGAAGACGGCUUCCCCAAUGGCGGCAAUUUGACGCGCUCGAGUCGCCUGUUUGGGGACAUGGGGGACAUGGGCCCUGUGCAGCCCGGAGAUGUAGACCCAGCCUUAUGCCAGAUGCUGAUGGAGGCCCCGGACGUGCAGCUCCCGGUCAUCCCCUGGUCCUGCGUCUGUUGGUACUGCAAGGGCUCCCCGGGAGCCAAGGGCGAGAAAGGAAGCAGCGGGCUGCCAGGCCGCCCUGGGAGCCCAGGGACGAGAGGAUUCACUGGGCUGAGGGGCCGCCCGGGCUUUAUGGGCCCCAGGGGACUGAAGGGACAGAAAGGUGAUGAUGGAGACAAGGGAGAUGAGGGCCUUCAGGGCUUCCCUGGCCCGAAGGGAGAUCGCGGCUUCAAAGGAGACAAGGGGGACCAAGGUAUGAUGGGACCUCAUGGAGAAGCAGGGCCCCCGGGGGAGCCUGGAGAAUGUCCCGACACCUGCUCGACCAUAGAGGGGCCGCGGGGGGAGCAGGGUGCACCGGGACCUGUGGGACCCAGGGGUUUGCAAGGGGUACAGGGGCUAAUGGGACCACAGGGCCAGAAGGGCGACAUGGGACUGAUGGGUCCUACAGGGUUGCCGGGUCCACAGGGGCCGAAGGGAGACCAAGGGCCAGAGGGCAUGUGUAACUGCCGCGAUGGAGUCGAGGGGGAGAAGGGCGAUAAAGGAGCACCGGGAAGUCCGGGUGACAAAGGGGAGCAGGGCUUCCAGGGGCCACCGGGCCUCAACGGGCAAAAGGGGGACAUAGGUGAGGAGGGUUUGCCAGGGCCCUGCAGUCCCACCAUCCAGUCGGCCUUCUCGGCUGCUCUGGAUGUCAACUACCCGAUGGCAGACCAACCGGUGGCCUUCAGGCGAGUGCUCUACAACGUGCAGAACAACUACAACCCAGAUAUGGGCGUCUACCAGGCUCCCGUCAACGGCACCUAUGUCUUCAGCUACAACCUGGCCGUCUUCGGGAGGCCCCUCAAAGUGGGGCUGUAUGCCAACUUCCGCCCCGUGGCGAGGUCCACGUCGCUCAGCGACAACGUCGGUGUCUCGCAGCUCAUGGUGCUGCACCUGGCGGCGAGGGACCAGGUGUGGCUGCAGGUCAAGGACUUCUACAAUGGCAUGUUCACAGCGGCCGAGACCAGCAGCACCUUCAGCGGCUACCUGCUCUACCCCGACACCUGUGAGCUGCCAGUGUUCCGAGACUUCAGCGCCCCCAUGCAGGGAGACUACAGCUGGGAUGGACCUGAAGCGGCACAUGGACCGACAGCUAACCCAGUGCCUGAACCUGGAACGACCUCCCCGCCCCCAUAGAAGCCUAUAAGGCCAGGGGUUACUGCC